GCCGGAGAGUGGAGCGGAGACUGGGGUCCGGGGUCUGGGGUCUGGGGGCCGGGCAGCCGCUGCUGAGUCAAGUUACGGACCGAGUUAAUGUUGCCGACCGGCGGUGCAGUGAACUGGACCUCGAUGCGGUUGUGAGGUUUCUUGGGGAAAGUUGGUGAAAGAGCAAAGUGCAAAUUAUUUGUGACUCGGGCCUGGAGCUAACAACCGAGGAAUUUUCCCUGGACCAAAACGUUAGUGGGAGCAAAGUUUUUAUCCGAUAAGGAGCUGACAUUUUCACUGAAGAUUAUAUUCGUAUGUGAACUGACUGCUGGUUUAGUCUUUUAUUUGCUUUUAAAGAAAUGUCCUCAGGGGGGUGGAUUAAUCUGUCCGGUUAACCGACAAUCUGUCCGGUUAAUAUCAUUUGCUUUCUAUGGUGGGCCGCUGACACUGAAACCUGGACAUAUAUUUGGAGUUGCAGGGAAGUCAUAAAUCUAAGCCUACCUUCAUCUGAUUAGAGAUUUAAAUCUUAAAAGAGUGUGAUUUCCUGAAAAAGGCUAAACAAUCAAAGAAAAAAAUCAUGCCAGAAAAGCCUGUAGCAGUCGAUAAACAGCAGGUUUUACAAGCAGUGGCUCGCUUACAGUCAAGAUUGGGUGAGAAAGGCGAUACAUCUCAACAUGAGAAGCUAAAUAUUUUACGUGAUACAAUUGCAAGCCCUCUAUUUAAUCAAAUACUAACCCUUCAGCAUUCGAUCAAACAACUGAAGGAACAGCUAAACCGCAUGUCCACAAAUGCAUCUCCUAACUUUGACUUUUCACAAGCCGGGCUCUUGGUAUUCAAUCCAGAACGCAUUGUUAAUAAUCCAGUUUCGGCAAAAGACACAAAACUGUUUCCAGAUACUCCAAUUUAUGACCAACCAAGAUUGUUGCAAACAUCUGAAAGAACACAAAAUGAGUUUGAUAAAAUUAUUCAAGUUUUAGCCCAGGGAAGACAAGUUGAAAAUAUUGAAUUGAACAAGCCAGCAAUGGGAGGCCUGGGAUUCAGUGUCGUUGGCCUUAAAAAUGACAAUAUAGGUGAACUUGGUAUAUUUAUACGAGAAAUACAAAAGGAUAGCAUAGCAGACAGGGAUGGCAGGUUACAGGAACAUGACCAGAUAUUGGCCUUGAAUCAAACACCAUUGGAUGAGAACAUUUCCCACCAAGAAGCCAUUGCACUGCUUCAGCAGACCAAAGGAUCUGUGCAUUUGAUGGUUGCCAGAGGAUCUCUUCAAAGAAGGUCUGCCAAUCCAACAGAAAUGCCAGACUUAUCCUUUGCUUCACAAUCAAUUCAGUGGGGGCAUGUAGAAGAAAUUGAAUUGGUCAGUGAUGGAUCAGGCUUAGGAUUUGGAAUUGUAGGAGGAAAGCCAACUGGAGUAAUUGUGAAAACAGUCGUACCAGGAGGAUUAGCUGAUCGGGAUGGAAGGCUUAGAACAGGUGAUCAUAUACUCCAGAUCGGAGGCACUGAUGUCCAGGGAAUGGGAAGUGAACAGAUUGCCCAGGUGUUGAGAAACUGUGGUAGUCGAGUGCACAUGGUAGUGGCAAGAGAUCCACGCGAGGACUUUUCUUUUAAAUCUUCUGCAGUUAUUCCUGCUGUAUUGCCUUCUCAAGACCAGUCCAAUGCUGUUACUGCAGAUGAUUAUGAUAUUGAUAAUGUUGAACUCAAGAGAGAUGGACAAAGCCUGGGCAUUACGGUUGUUGGUUAUGUUGGUGCAUCCCAUGGUGAUACCUCUGGUAUUUUUGUGAAAAGCAUAAUACCAGGAAGUGCUGCAGAACAGAAUGGACGUAUUCAGGUCCAUGACAGGAUCAUUGCUGUUGACGGGGUUAACAUUCAGGAAUUUACUAAUCAAGAAGGGAUUGAUGCUUUACGAAACACUGGAAAAACUGUAAAGCUUACAGUAGCAAGGAGGAAGAUACAUGCUGAUUAUGAAUCCUUUGAAAAAGCUGAACCGGAUAAUGUAACUCACAUGGCAAAUACAGUUAUCACUGAAAGUAGCAUUCAUUCUGCAGUUAAUGAGCUGGAAAGAGCACAAGUGAAGAAACAGGAAUGUAAAAGUGAUGGAUUCGGACCUACUACAACAAGAGAAGAAUUAAAAUCCAGAUGGGAAAAUUUGCUGGGACCAGAGUAUGAAGUGAUGUUACUCAACUUGGACACCGAGACCUAUGAUGAAGUAGAACUGCAGAAAUACUCCAAGCUGUUACCAGUUCAUACCUUGAGGUUUGGAGUGGAGCUGGACUCUUUUGAUGGACACCAUUACAUAUCAUCAAUUGUUCCUGAUGGCCCAAUAGGCCAAACUAAAUUAUUACAACUAGAAGAUGAAAUUUUAGAGGUGAAUGGAAAGCAGUUGUAUGGAAAAUCUCGGCGUGAGGUGGUUUGCUUUCUGAAAGAUGCUGCCGCUCCAUUUACUUUAGUCUGUUGUCGGCGACUAUUUGAGGAUGGAAAAGAGAUGCCUGUGGAUGAAUCCAGUGUCACGGAAAGUGCAGUUUCCCAGGCUGCAGAGAAGGUUGAUCCAGUGAUUCGGCCACCAUCUCCCUGGAAUAGUGAGAAUUGUAUCAGCCAGGUGGACUUGGAUUUGGAGACAAAUGCAGAAGAAGAUGAAGUUGGGGAGUUAGCUUUAUGGACUUCAGAUGUGAAAGUGAUUGAACUGAAUAAAGGUUCAAAAGGUUUAGGUUUCAGCAUCCUGGACUAUCAGGAUCCUUUAGAUCCCGCACGUGCUGUUAUUGUUAUUCGCUCUUUGGUGGUUGGUGGGGUUGCUGAAUGUGAUGGCAGGGUGCUACCCGGGGAUCGGCUCGUUUUUGUCAAUGACCACAAUCUAGAGAAUACUGCUUUGGGGGAAGCUGUUCAGGCCCUGAAAGACGCUCCAACUGGCAAAGUCCGCCUUGGCAUCUGCAAACCAAUGGUGACCGAAGCAAAUGAAGAUGACAAUUCAGACUUCACUGGCUCAAGUGCUACCACAGAAAAUACAAAGAAUGACUCGGAAAUAUUGAAUUUAGUUUAUUCCUCAAAUCUGCCAGUACCCCAUGAAUUUGAGGAUGCUUCAUAUUCCGAUGAAGAACUAGUUGAUGAGCCUGAGGUGCAUUUACAGUUGUUGAAUUUACAUCCCAGCAAGAUUGGCAAUGAAGCUGAACUUGUGGCAACAGAGAAGUUUGCAGGAGAUCAAUGGAGUCAAAACAAUAAACAGGGGGAAAUGUUGGUGGAUGAUGAGAAUGACCUGGACCAAGUGAUUUAUGAAAAUGUUAACAAGCAGCAUAUAAAUGAUCAGUUGGAAUAUUCUGAGCUGACAACCCCAACAAACAUAAAAACAACUGAUGAUCAACUACUUAAUGCUUCACAUUUAUUGCAAUAUACUAAUGCAAGAGAGGGUGAAGGGCAGUUCAGUGGAGGUCCCUUGUCUUCCAUUACAUAUACAGCAGGCAGUGACCAAGGGCUGGUGGCUGGAGAUUAUGAAAGAACUGUCACCAUCAUGAUAAAUGGCCUUGAUCUAGGAUUGAAUAUAAAAAAUGAUCACAGAGGACCUGGGGCAGUUAUCGAGCACAUUGAUAAUGAGGGAGCUGCUAGAAAAGAUGGACAACUCCAGGAAGGAGAUUAUAUUGUUGCAGUAAACAAGGAAUCCAUAAGUGGUCUAAAUUCUGCUCAGAUGCAUUUUGUCUUCGCCAAUAAAGCCUCAAAUGACAAAAUCAUGAUUACUUAUGUGCCCGCAAAAGAUGUGGAUCACUAUAAAAGAAAUUUUGCAUCAGAACAAACCAGACCCAGUAGUGCUGCAAUAUUGGCAACAGAAGCCCGGAUGAAAACUGCUGCCAGUGAAUUGCCUGAAAGAGAAGAAGGAGAAGGGGAAGAAACCCCAGUCUUAAGUCACUGGGAGGCACCACGAUGGGUUGAGCUUUGGCGAGAACCAGGGGAAUCACUUGGAAUUAGUAUUGUUGGUGGUAAUACAGUAAUAAAACGACUGAAAAAUGGGGAAGAAUUGAGAGGAAUUUUUAUUAAACAUGUUUUGGAGGAGAGUCCAGCUGGAAGAUCUAAAGCUCUGAAGACAGGGGAUAAAAUUAUCGAGGUUUCUGGCGUAGACCUGCAAAAUGCCACACAUGACGAAGCAGUGGAUGCCAUAAAAAAUGUGGGAAAUCCGGUUGUUUUUGUUGUUCAAAGCUUAUUGCCUACUCCAAGGCCAUAUUCUAUAUAUCAAAACAAACCCGGACAAAGGGAAAGAGAAAGGAAAAAACUAGUAAAGAGUUUGGGCCCUGUUGGAGGUGGACCACCACCACCUAUGCGACUGCCUCCACCUUACAAAGAACCCACAAACAUGCAAUUGUCAAAACUAGAGGAACCAGAAGAAUUACCAGACAUUGACAGUGCUCUGAAGGAAGGAAAUGAAAGUGACCAGAAGAUCAGGCAGAAGUAUGGAGACCUGCCAGGAGAUCUACACAUUAUUGAGCUUGAAAAGGAUAAGAAUGGCCUGGGACUCAGUCUUGCUGGCAACAAGGACAGGUCUCGUAUGAGCAUUUUCGUAGUUGGCAUCAAUCCAGAUGGUUCUGCAGGAAAAGAUGGGAGAAUCAGGAUUGGCGAUGAACUUUUGGAAAUUAAUAGCCAGACACUUUAUGGAAGAAGCCAUCAAAAUGCAUCAGCAAUUAUAAAGAAUGCUCCAUCCAAUGUCAAGAUAGUCCUGAUAAGGAAUGAAGAUGCGGUUAAUCAAAUGGCAGUUACUCCUUAUCCUGUACCAUCCAGCUCUCAUUCUAGUGAGAUUUUAGAUACCACAGGAGCAUUGUCCUCCCUGGAACAAUCAUCCUCUCUGUCAGGUUUUUCAAAUUUCAAGAACGUACAGCAUAUACUAUUAACUAAGGACCAGAGUGGCCUUGGUCUUGCUAUCAGUGAAGACAACACAAGCGAAGGAGUCAUCAUUAAAAGUCUUACUGACAAUGGAGCAGCAGUAAAGGAUGGAACAAUUAAAGUAGGUGAUAGAAUUCUGGCUGUGGAUGAUGAAAAUGUAGUGGCACAACCUCCAGAAAAGGCCAUAAACCUUCUCAAAAAAGCAAAAGGAACAGUGAAGUUAACUAUCAAUUGUCAGGACAGGUCCCUGCAACCAUCUCUAGCAUCUCCACCUUCAUAUCUUAACACAGAUUCUGAGUUCUCAGAUCGCAGUAAUAUAUCAAUGCCUGCAGUAGUGCCAGAUCCAGCGACAUGUCCAAUAGUCCCAGGACAAGAAACUAUCCUAGAAAUAUCAAAAGGACGUUCUGGGCUUGGUCUCAGUAUUGUGGGUGGAAGAGACACAUUGUUGGAUGCAAUAGUUAUUCAUGAAGUAUAUGAAGAGGGUGCAGCUGCUAAAGACAGCAGGCUCUGGGCUGGGGACCAAGUCUUGGAGGUAAAUGGAAUUGACUUAAGGAAUGCAACUCACGAAGAAGCAAUCACAGCAUUGAGACAGACUCCACAAAAGGUGCGACUCACUGUCUUCAGGGAUGAAGCACAGUACAAGGAUGAGGAAAAUUUAGAUGUGUUCCUUGUGGAUCUGCAGAAGAAAGUCGGCAGGGGACUUGGCCUGAGUAUUGUGGGAAAACGGAAUGGAACAGGAGUAUUCAUCUCAGACAUUGUUAAAGGUGGGGCUGCUGAACUUGAUGGGAGACUCAUGCAAGGAGACCAAAUCUUGUCAGUAAAUGGAGAGGAUGUGCGAAAUGCUUCUCAGGAAACUGUGGCAACAAUACUAAAGUGUGCCCAAGGAUUGGUUCAGUUGCAGGUUGGUCGCCUGAAGGCAGGGUCAUGGAUUUCAUCAAGGAGAAUAUCACAAGGCAGUCAGAUGAGCCAAGUAAGUGUUGUCAGUAAUCCUACUUUUGGAGCUGCUGUGAUGACUUCACAAAACAUGACUGGCAGCAAGAAGAAUUCAGCCGACUCCUCACAAAGGAACUCGGGUUCAGAUACAGGACUGAGAACUGUGGAAAUAACAAGGGGACCAAAUGAUGCACUGGGAAUUAGCAUAGCAGGAGGCAAGGGAAGCCCUCUCGGUGAUGUGCCUAUCUUCAUAGCCAUGAUCCAAGCCAGCGGAGUGGCAGCACGCACACAUAAGCUAAAGGUUGGGGAUCGGAUUGUCAGCAUUAAUGGCCAAUCCUUGGAUGGACUGUCUCAUGCAGAAGCAGUUAAUCUGUUGAAGAAUGCCUACGGAAGCAUUAUCCUUCAGGUCAUAGCUGACACAAAUAUCACUGCUAUUGCAAACCAGCUUGAAAAUAUGUCAACUGGUUCCAACUUGAACUCACCAUCUGACAAUCAGCCAGAAGAGCCAGAACAUCCACAGUAUAUAAACAUAACUUUAGAGAAAGGACCGGAUGGACUCGGGUUCAGUAUUGUUGGAGGACAUGGAAGCCCUCAUGGGGAUCUGCCAAUCUACGUUAAAACAGUGUUUGCCAAGGGAGCAGCGACAGAUGACAGCCGAUUAAAACGGGGAGAUCAGAUUUUAGCUGUAAAUGGAGAAAGUUUGGAAGGUGUCACUCAUGAACAGGCUGUUGCCAUCCUGAAACGACAAAAAGGAACUGUAACGUUAACAGUGCUGUCAUGAAUAUAACAAUGUGGCCAUGAUUAAUAAUGGGCAUCUCUGUUUAAAUUCUGCCAGGAAAUGACAUCACAUUGCCAAACACAGGAAUGAUAUUCAACUAAGAUUGAUUUUAGACCCAUUUUUUUCUUUUAACUCUAUUGAUAACCAAUAUUGGUAUGUUAAAAGAGAGGUAGCAAAAUUACUAUGUGUCAAUCACUGUGCAUUGAUUUGUGAAAAUCUUCCUACUGAUAUUAUCCAGCCGCAGCUUCUUGACAAAUCUCACUAAGUGCUCUCAUAUUUAGGUAUACCAUGUAACUAUAGUAACUUUCUGGAUAUGCAGUGCCUAAGUCUGACUUUGGAUACUUAAUAGUAGUUUGUAGUCUUCAUCACAUGGAAAGUAAUCUGGCUGAACUGAUUAACCACCCUUUAUAGAAUCCAUCUGAUUUUCAUUCCGUUCAUUUUAUUCUGUUUUUUGAUAUUUUGCUUGUUAAAUCAUUUAUUUCAUUGAUCUAUUUUGCUUCUGUUUACAAUAUGUAUUUGAGUUUUUUUAGAUUUUUUAAUUCUUUGUAACAGUGAAGAUUUGCAUAUAUUUACAAUGAUUCUCUAAUUUGCACUAUAUAUGAAAACUUCCUUAGUCCCAUGCAACAACAAAAGAAUUGUGGGCCCUAGUAUAACAUUUAUCAAUACUUAGAGAAAAUAUGUUGCAUGUCAAGCAUUAAUUUUUCAAGUGUAUACUCAACCUUUUGACUUCUGUCCAUGUUUCGCUAGAAAAUUAACCCUUUCCACAGGCAUUGGAGGUUGGUAGUAGGAAACAAUCAGAUCACUCAAAGUGGGCAUGGAACAUUUUUUUUGUCUGUAAACUUCAGGCAGAAAAACUUAAAAUGAACUCUUGUGGCUUGACUUUAACUCAGACUGGUAAUCGGGGUGUGUGGGCCGGAGUGAGAAGCAAACUGUCCACCCCUGCCCGAGAUCAAGAGUCCAGGAGUUUUGUCUUCCGUGCCUCAUUGCAGUUCUUGACACUGAUUCCCAACCAAAGCCAAUGGGAAUUCCAUCACCAUCAUAGGGUGGGUGUCAAAUUUUGUGAAGAAACAUAUGGCAAAGGUAAAUAAGGAAUGCAGGUUGUCCAUAAUCAGGGUGGGGGAGACACAAGUUAUCCUUUUAAAAUCAGAAAAAGUUACACUUGCCAGGACCCUGGCCAGUAUCUAUGGGAUGGUGUAGUCGGACCUCAGUUAUAAUGGGGUGCUUGUCGUGAUGAUAUAUCAGAGCAUUCCCCAAUGUACCAUUGAGUCUCAAUAUAUGAUAUUCACAAUGAAAUGGAUUGAAGUUAAGAGUUCAAAGUGCAAAAAUCAUAGGUUUAGACAUGUACCCUAUUAUGACAUGCUCCAGCAUUUCUAAGAGUGGACUUCAAGCAAGAGGUCGGGAUAAGAUAUUAAUAAUACUUACUCAAACCGCAACAGCAUACACUAGUGCCACAUUUUGUCAUGUAUGUGUAAGUCACUCUUUUAUACUUCAAAGCAGUGAUUUAAAAAGUAAAGUGACAAAUUUAUUACUACCAAUCAUUCCGUUCAGCUAAUGCCUUCCAGUGUUGAUGUGUGUAGAGUGCUUUCUUUUAAUUUCAAUAUAACAAAAUUAAACUAAGUUUCCUGUGUGUUUAAAUGGUUCUUUGUGGUGAUGAACAGCAGCCUCUUGUUCUUAUUCUACUAUACAUCUCAAGUUUUUGCCUGAAUAUAUUUUGCAUAUUCACUCAAAUAUUUAAUUCUGGAACAUUGAACAAAAAUGAUUAAAAUCUGAGAGAGAUAUAUAUAAUAUUGCAAAAAAUACUAUGCCAGAGGAAUUUAGUUAAUGCAAUAAUUGUUUCUGGGAGCUGAACAUUGUGUUUCAUUUUGUAUCGAUGCAAAUUAUAUGAAUUACUUUGCUGAGGAAAGCGUAAUAAAUUUGUAUGUCCAUGAGUUAAGAUUCUGAAAUAAAUUAAAAUGGAAUUUGUUCAAUUCAGAAUGUUUUAAGAUAUUAAUAGUGUAUGUGUUUUCUAUUUAUAUUAUGUCAUCCCCACUCCGACUUUGUCCCCUCUCCAGAAAUUGCUGACUCUUACUAAACUAUGAUUCCAUGAUGUCAGCGGAUCCUUGAGUUGUUACUCUUUGCAUGUUUGGCAAGUAUUAGCAGAUUCACCCAUCACCCCUAUGCUUGAUGACCUAAAUUGGCUCCAGGUCCAGCAAUGCUGCUAUUUUAAAAUUCUCGUUCUUGCUUUAAAUCCCUCCAUGGCCUUGCCCAACCCUAUCUUUGCAAUCUCCUCCACCGCUACAACCCUUCAAGAUCUCUGCUCCUCCAAUUCUAGCCUUUUGGACAUACCCGAUUUAAAUCGCUCCACUGUUGGCAGCCAUUAGCUCUUGAGGCCCUAAACUCUGGAAUUCUUUCUCUAAUCUUUUCUGUCCUAGUACCUCUCUUUCCUCAUUUAAGACAGCCCUUAAAACCUAUCCUUUUCCGGCCUAACAUCUCCUUAUGUGGCUCGGCAUCAAAUUUUGGUUGAUAAUGCUCAUGUUUUACUACAUUAAAGGCUGUCUGUAAGUGCAAGUCGUUGUUAUUGAAUGAUGUGACAUAAUGGUUUAGCCCAAACCUGUGCUCGCCUAGUGCUCACAUAUGGUAACUUCCCAUUUGAUAUUGCUAGAUAAUGAUUAAGUGAGAUAUUUGGCUGAUCCUAUCUCCCUCUCUAGUGCAGUGUAGCACCUCCACUGACACCCCGGAUAACUCCUCCACCCUUACCCCGUAGCCCUGCAAAUUUUCCCAUUCAGUUUCUUAUCCAAUUUCCUCUUAAAAGCCACAAUUGUAUCAGCCUUCACCACACUACUAGACAGUGCAUUCCAGAAUCUUAAUGACGCACUGUCUGGAAAAACUUUUCCUUAUGUCACCUCUGGUCCUUUCACCAUUCCCUUAAGUCAGUAUCCUCAGUUCUUGACCCUUCCACUAGUGGAAACACUUUUUCUCUAUCUACUCUGUCUACAUCCUUCUGCUUUUAAAUGGGAGUUGGAUAAAUCAUUCAAGGAGAAAAACAUGUCAAUCAUGGAGAAAGAGCAGGAGAGUGGGAUUAACUGGAUUGCUGUAAGAAAAAGCCAGCACAGACUCGAUAGGCCAAAUAGCCUGCUACUGUGCUGUACCAUUCUAUUCUAUGAUUCCCUCACUGGUUUUCUUUUGGUAACUAUGCAGAACUCAAUAAAGAAGUUGUUUUUA